GCGACACCGUGUGAGCGCGUUCGACAUUUGAAUUUUUGAGCGCGUAUUUCGAUAUUUUAAUAAAGUGCGUUCGAUUUUUGUACAUUCGAUUUCAGUGUUUUCUUGUGUGGUUUUUUAACAAAUUUGGUGCCUGUUGAGCUAUUAAAAAAAAGAAUAAAUUAAAAUGGCGUCUGUGUGGUUUACGGUUGUUAUUUUAGUUCUAAUUCAGCAAGUUAUCGCGACGUACCGCGAAUGCGCGGAAUUUCAAAAUUUGAAAAACUGCAACGACUGCAUUCGUUGCGGUGGACACUGGUGCAACGAUCCGAAUGAAGUACAACGAUGUUCGAGAGAUACACCCGACACUUGGUGUCAAGGCAACAGGGAAAAACUUCUUACGUCGACUAAGGUCGAAGAGCAAGGGAUACUCUUGAGCCCCAAGUACAUCCUUCAGACCCUUGAAGUAGGCAAUCGUGCCAGUUUGAACUUCACCUUCCCGUCGAAAACUUCUGAGCAAAAGGUGGAGUAUGUCGUUAAUUCGACCCAAAACUCCGACUUCCAAGUCACGAAGCAAACAUAUUGUCAAGGGGAGACCUGUACGACCACCAUCGAAGCAGCGCCCGAGACGACCUUCUGCGGCGCUGAUGGAAAAACUUACGAGUUCUUCAACGUAAAAGUGUCUGUGGGAGGAAUUGAAGACAGUUCCGUGAUAAAGUUCCAUGUACCUUGCGCGUGUGGCUGCAGUGACGCUGUCGAAGCGCAGUCUCCAAGGUGCAAUCGAAGAGGAAGCUUUUCGUGUGGCGUUUGCACGUGUCAUGCUGGAUGGAUAGGCACAUUCUGCGAGCAACCGAUCUGCGAGAAGAAAAGAGGUGACGUACCUUGCACAGACUCGGCCAGAAGUAAUACGGAGUGCUCAGGGAAUGGAGUAUGCGGUCCUUGUGACCAGUGCGAAUGCUUCACCGACAAAGAAGGCUCCAGAUACUUCGACCAAGACAACUACUGUGCAGACAUUUGUAUGACAACCAACUACUGCGAUCAGUGCCUUGCCAGCCCUCUGCCAGGCCAAUGCCAGGAUUGCCACUUCCCUCUAUACAGGCUGCCAUACAACCAAACCCUCAUGACGUAUAAAGAUGAUUUCAAUAGAAAACUGUGGAUCAAAUGUAACAGCACGAUUAACGAUUGUAAUAUCGAAUACGCAGCGAUGAGGGAUAAUAAUGGUGAAACCUACUACAUGAUUAUGAGCUCCUGUGAUCCGGUGGCUGGAGAACAAGUGGUUGGCGGUGUUAGUGUGACGCUCCCAGUGGUUCUGGGCGUGAUAGCAAUGCUAGCAGUGGCAGCCGCAACCGCUGGUUACGUCAUCUGGAAGAACCGGACGCCGCCAAUGCCUCUAACAGACCCUAUGUACCAGAACAUCGACGCUGAAGACUGCACGGGAGAGAAUCCGCUGUACAAACCACCUACGUCUUCCUUCAAGAACCCAACGUACGGGAAAUGGUAGCUCGGUACAUAAUACCUGAGUCAUUAUGGACCUUGGGGCCAAGGGGUCAACGGGAUACGAGUUGGGGAUAUUGCAAUAUGGCCCCAGUAUCCCGUAUCGUAACCCAUUCCAACACUGCCUGUGAUCAACACGAUAUGAUGAAGAAAUUGCAUUCGUCCGGUGUCGUCGUCGCAAAUUGUAACUAUGUAUACCGUUAGUAAUAGUAGUAGGUACAUUCUGUUCGUUUAGAAAUGCCCAACUCUUAAUUACUUGUAACAUUCCAGCAUAGUCUGUCAUAAUUCCACAUAAUAAUAAAAUUUAUUCUGUGUUGCACUCAUACAAGAUUAUGAAAAUAUAAAUUGCUGUUAUUCUUUUCUUGAAAAAAUAGCACUGGCGUACACAGUAAUUACUGAGCAGUCUCACAGUGUAAUUAAAUUAUUGUCGUAUUUCAAAAAUAAUUUCCUAGUGUUCGCCAUUUUUUAUAGUCAUGUCAUGGCUGCGAGAAAUAUCUUUCUUUGUAAGUCAGACAGUAAAAGGUUUAUUAAGUACCUAGAUGGCGAUUUAACAUUUCAAUAGUCUGAUUUACUGAAGCUGCAACACUGCACUUUUGGAUGCAUCGUGAGAUUUCAGUUUUGGAACACUGCCAACACUUCAACUUGUAACUUUAUUACCUACGUAUUUUAUUGUUUAUGUUCAGAUAGUUGGCAAUUUCUAUACGAACAGUUUGUAGUAGUAAUCGCGCGUUUUAUGUAACAUGCCUCUGUGAUAUUUAAGAUGAUUAAGUAAUAAGUGUUUUAUUUUAUAAAGUGACUCACAAGAGUCAUGGGUACGUUAUCGUGUAUUUAUAUUAGCAAUCUCGAAUAUAAAAAAUCGCGGUUGACGCACGGUAAAAUUACCUUGUGUGGUGAUUAUGUGCGAUUUACACCUGUCGAUUAAGGUGAACGCAAGCACCGGACAGUGCCAUGUACCUAAAUAACUCGGUCAAUGAUCUAUUAGUUAAAGUUUUGUACAAAGUUAUCUUUACUACACUGGCAGCCAGCACAAAACUUUAGGGUCCACGGCCUGUGCUUGUUUCGUAUGCUUUUAAGGACGAAAAACUAACUGCGUUGCAGGUGAUUUCAGUAGCGUACGAUUUCAACAGCGUAUCAUGUUACGUAUUCCAGCGUUGUUUGGAAUACGUAACAUGAUUUGCCUUUACGCCAGCAUAUUUUUUGUUCGGCACAAAAUUAUAAUUACGAAAGACUGAAAAGUAUUACUAUUGAUUUAGAAUAUUAUAAAUUAUGUAGUUUUCUCGUUCCCGCGAAUCGAACAAAACUGAACCGUAUUUUUUUCAAAUUGAAAUUAAGUUAUAAACUAAAACUCAAAAUAUCUAUUUCUUAAAUUUUUAAACAGUGCACCGUAAUUUAGAAUAUUUUUCAGGAUCAUAAAAGUACAGUUCAAGUAAGGUGUAAAUCGAACAUUAGUAACUACCGUGUUUAGUAAGUAAAUAAAAUGUAUAAAUAGGUACUUACCUAACUUACUUUUAAGGUGAUUUAUGAAUUCGUUGUAAAAGUUAAAAUGGGGAGCCAUUAACGAAUGAGUCCAUCCGUUUGUUAGUCAUAUAACUAUGAAUGUUUUACUCACAUUUCUCAAUUAACAGGGUGCCUACCUAUAAACCUUGACUUUGUAAUAGAUUCCGCUCAUCGAAACAGGCGGCUCCGUAUGUACAAUUGUAGCUUAUUAACAGAAUAAUAUCUCGUUGAAUGAAUGCCUCGAUGGUCUAGACAGCAUGUUUAACUACAAAAACACAAGACCCUGGUUGGAAUCCGGGGCGGGCCAAAAUAAGUUAUUUAUUGUGUUUUUUUUCUUCAAGAAAUUUCAGUGGCUAACCGCAUCAGCCUGGAGCUAGGAAGUUGACGGUGAUCACCCUCGUACCUCUAAUUGCGCGUUAAGCCGUCAGUCCCAGCUGUUAUCACUUGUGAUAAUAGCCCACCAACCUGCUCUAAAACGAUCUCUCUUAUGAGAGACGAGACCUUUGCCCAUCAUUAAAAUGUUUAUAGGCUGCGGAUGAUGUUUAUGAUGAUUCUCAAAGUUACUACAGUUUGAAAGCAAUACCUUAAGGGAAGAUACAUUUUAUAAAUUCAAUCGAAAUCAUAAGUGGGUAAAUGGUGCCCGGAAAAAAUGAUCUCAUUCAAUUUCUAGAUUCAAGUUGACAAUAACUGACACAGAGAUGUGUAGAACGUGUAGAAAUUUAUUGGGAGAUGGUUAAUUAAAAGGAAACAUGCAAAAAACAUUUUCAUUUAUUGCUUGCCCCUUUAAAGGCGUGCUAUGGAGCGGGAGACUCAAACACUCGAGACAUUCUCGUAUGAGUUUGCACCUAAAUGACGCAAUUUUCACGAUCCAUAACCCCGUUUGUUUCAAUGUAAUGAGCGUAUAAUUACGAAUCUUGUGUGAGACAAAAUAAUAACGUGCUU